UAUAUAUAUAUAUAUAAUACAAUCAUUUUAUUUCUUACCAAUGUUUUGUAUUGAAUCUAUAAUCUAAAACAUGAGUGGCUCUGUGGAUCCAUCAGGCAGGCUUGACAAUGGUCUCACAGUGCGAGCAAGGGAUCGAUGCACAUUGCAGUGACAGUCUGUGAAGAGUUCAGUCAUGUGUUAUCGGCCUCCACUGAGCUGAUCAGACAGUCAUGUUCACCUCUGUCACUCAACUAGACUUCUCUCCCCCUCUAAGGGCGGGAGUGCUUUAAACAGCCGGUCUCUGUCACGCUCUCAAUCCCAUAACAGCUCACCUGUCCUGCCUACACCUGUCCCCCACCACAAAGCAACCCACAGGUGGAAUGUACUUAUAGCAAUACCUGACCCCAUUCAAGUCAAUGUAAUUCUAUUUCUAUGGGUGUAGCCAACUGUACAAUUGAUGGGGGCAGGCCUCAGAAACCUCACAGCUGCUCUUCCAUCCCUGUCUCUACCAGGGUUUUUCACUCAGUAGCAGCAGUAGGUAAGUACAGUUAAUACGUGUUGAUCAGAGAGCCUUGUACAGCUUCACUAUGAACCUGCAAAGCAACGGCCUGUCUGUUCAGUGGUACCUGAAGUCCAAGCCGGUGGGAAAGGUGAGGCGGCGUGUACAGGAGAUGAAAAACCCAUCUGUCUCCCUGGUGUCUAGCGACGUUGACCUCAGCCACAACGAGAGCACCCGAUUGGCCAUGGACGCCCUGCUGAACGAGGGAUUGGACAUGUACCAGGAAGUACUGGCCAGAGAGGGCGAGGUGGACUUCCUGUCCAAGGAGGAGAAAGGUUACAUCCUGGAGAACGCUACAGACCUGAGCACCAGCAGUCUCUGUGAGACGGAGAACGACGACCAGGCAGAGGGCUCCACCGCCUCUUCCCAGACAGAGACCUGUUGUCCAUCCAUGUCUGAGAGCGAGCCCCCUGGCCUGGACCAUGGCUGGCCGGCAGAGGGCUGGAGCUACCGCCUGCAGGAUGAACCCAGUGUAGAGGUCUACUUCCAGUCUGACAGAGCAGCCAGCAUGAAAGACCUGCUCAGAGAGUUCAUCAGCAAGGCCACAACUGUUCUGGCGAUUGUAAUGGACACAUUCAGUGAUGUGGAGAUGUUCUGUGACAUACUGGAGGCAACCAGGAAGAGGAACGUGUCCGUCUACCUGCUCCUGGACCAUGUCAACCUGCAGGUCUUUGUCAAGAUGUGUGAGACGCUACAGAUCAACAGCAAUCAUCUCACUAAAAUGUCGGUCCGUAGUAUACAAGGAGAGACCUAUUGUGCAAAGUCUGGAAGGAAAUUCACUGGACAGAUCAAAGAGAAGUUCAUGAUCGUUGACUGCACUGAAGUGCUGGCUGGAUCAUACAGCUUCACCUGGCUGUCCUGGCAGGUCCACAGAAGCCUGGCUGUGCUCUUCAAGGGCAGCGCGGUCGAGCCUUUCGACCUGGAGUUUAGGAAGCUCUAUGCCAGCUCCAAGCCUGUGCCAGCCUUCCUCACAGUGGCAGCUGAGUUCAACUUCAACCUUACCAGGCCUCUUCUCACCCGUCUAGCAGCCACCACCUCAAACCCACUGACAAACCUUCCUAGCCCCAGUCCUGGUACCACAACCCAGAACAGAUACUUCAACAACCAGGCUAUGGUUCAACCAACCACCACAGCCCAGCUCAUAUACUCUAACCAAAACCCAAUGGUUCAGCCAACGACAACUGCCCAGCAAAGAUACUCCAACACCCAGCCAACAGCACCACCAACCUCCCAAUGCUUGGUGAAUCAGUUGAACUACACAGGUCCCCAGAGCCACAGGUUUGACUGGAUCACGAAGAGGCACACUGCAACCAGGCCUGUCAUGUUCCAGAGAACCUUCUCCAGUGAUUAUAGUACUGGGGAAAACCUGGCCUGGCGACCCUUUAACAGCAAUUACCUUCUUUAUGGAGGGACAAUCGGCUUGUUGGACAGACACCCACUUCUCAAGACUGGCCAGUGGUUUACUGUUCCUAAAUAACUGAAAUGGCAACAUAUCCCAAAGUGACUGAAAUUUUACACCCUGUUUGAGGAAAAUUAUGUUCUCUCACAACUGAAAAUGGGCAAGUAAACUUCAUGGAGUAAAUGUGCCAGUUUUCCUUUCCUUGAUGCCUGGAGGACAGGAGGAGUACUUCAAUAUCUCAUGAGGAUGAUCAUUGUCUGCCUUAAGGCCGAUAGCUUUGUGUUUCAGUAAUGUUCAUUCAAUAGAGUAAAAACACGUCAUAGACAUGAAUUCCUCCUCCACCCAUCAACCCUGAUAGAACCACACUGAGUGACAGCCUGGUGAUGUGUGCUACGCUUACCCAAGGGCCUGGCCUCUUAAACAUACCUUCUGCCAAAUCUUGUGAUCCAUAUACUGUCAAGCCUGAGGUAAGGUAGCUUAGUGGUUAAGAGCGUUGUGCCAGUAACCGAAAGGUCGCUGGUUCUAAUCCCCGAGCCGACUAG